AGCUGCCACUUUGUCAACUCCUUUAAGUUGAUUCAAUCCCAUCCCCUCCCCUUUCAUCCGCGCCUCUCCUGUCUUCUCUCCCUCGUCCUCUGCCGCCUGCAAGUACUUAACCCCCUAGUGUCGCCUACACGUCCGCGCCACGGGUACGGGUACGGGGUACAUGCUUUCACGCCUCACGCAACAGCGCAAGCGCAAACCCAGCUGCCUAACUCAGUCCGAUCCAAUCGCAACAGACUUCUCCACCACCACACACGUACCUCUCCACACACUCUCCCCCAACCACACAACCCCAUCCGCCACGCCCAUCACCACUACCACCACAACCACCACCACCACCACCACCACAACCGCAUACCACGAACUACGGAGGAAACAAUCACGACAUGUCUGAAGCAGCCGCCGCAGCAGCUCCCCACUCUGAGCGAAAACCUCACGCGCACCACAAGCAAUUCGUCGUGUCCCGACACCACCAUGGCAACCCGCGAGUCCCCAGUUUCGGCCGCGGGCUCAACAAACUCGGCGGCGGCGCCACCGCCACCACUACUAACACUACCACUACCACGACAACUACAGAGAAGGGCGAGCGGGGCGAGCGGGGAGGGGAGAAAGGGGAGAAGAGCCGGAAGAAGACCGCCUUCGAGCUCGGCUCCGUGGGCAGCGAGAACGGGGGCGGCGAUGAGGACUUCGAGGCGGCAGAGGGAGACGGCGGAAGGGGGGGCGGUGGCGGGGAGGCACCACCGAUCACACGGACCGAUUCCUCCGGCGGCCACGGCAAGAUGCAGCGGACGGACUCACGUACCGCGCUACAGCGUAACCCGUCAACCGCCGCACUGACCAAAUCCUCCAGCACCCGCAGCCUGGACCGCGAGGCGCGGCGGCACCGCGCGGUGGGCGCCGCGCGCAAGGGCACAACUCUGCACGAGCGCCAGCGCUCCAAAAGCGGCGACCGCAAGAAGACCACGAAGCUCACACCACCACCGCCGCCCCCGCCCCCGCCCCUUCCAGUCGACGUAGAGAUCGAGCUCCCGCCGUCCCCGCCGCCCAACGACUCCACGGCCAUCAUCUCUCACGGCGGCGGCGGCGAGCGCCCGCCGACCCCGCCGCUAACCUCGCGCUUCACUGCGUCCCCGUCGAGCGCCGCAUCCGCACACCCGCUCCGCCGCAGCGACAGCGCAUACUCGAUCGCGCCGGCGAGCCGCACGCAGCAGAAGCUGUGGCUGCAGCGCGCGAGCGUCGCAAGCCCGCCCGCUACCCCCACCGCCGCAAACCACCACUAUCAUAGCCACCACAUCGCGCUCCCCGCCGCCCUCGAAAAGGAGUUCGACCGUGUCGCGCGGGAGUACAUGAAUGUGCGGCGCUUCAAGAACCCGCUGCUCGAGGCGAUUGAGCGCGUGCCCCGCCGCGGCGUGCCAGGCCCCAAUAAGCCGCUGCAGCAGGAGGGCGUCACCCUGGGCCUCAGUAGGAGCCUGCAGGAGGGCAGUGGGAGGAAAUUGAUGCGCGGCCAGGGCGAGAGCGGGAGUAGAGACGACCUGGGCGUUAGUGGGGCCGUGCCGGAAGCCGAGAUGGUGCUGGAGCGCAUGUGGAGGCGCGAGGGCACCAUCGUAAGUCACGAGUAAUGUUUCUGUUCUGUCUGCCUGGGUGUUUCCUGCUUUUUUGUUUUGUUUUAUCUUUUAAUAAGGGUUUUUCUGUUUGUUUGUUGCGUGGGGCUUGCGUUGUAUCUUUUUUCUUCUUUCUUUUAAGCUCGGAAUGGUUUGUUUUGUUUGUUUUGCUUCGUGCGUGGCAUUUGUAUAUUAGUUACUUCUUACUUACCGAACUGGAUGGAUGGAUUAUGGUUACGACGGGGCUUUCCUUUCCUUUCCUUUCCUUUCCUUUGGUGAAUUGUUUCCAGCGAUUGACUACCUACUAGACUUGACCAGAAUCCCCCAUCGUCAUCGUCAUUUCGAGCCCGAGCCAAUAGUUUAGUAG